AUGUGCCUUCAGGCUCUCCAUGACAGCGCCGUGUCCAACUUAUGUGUGGUACUCCGAUUAAGGGACGAUUUGGUUCGAUGCGUAACUCUGAUAAACCGUAUCUACGGUGUCCUGUUCUUGUGGACCAGUGUGUCUUGUUUUAUUGCCAUUACGUGUAUACUGUAUUUCGAUUUCGUGAUAUAUGGGUUACGCUUCAUUCCCGGCCAACCGUACAUAUUCGAGCAUCUACUAAUGCUGGCGUGGAAAAGCGUUUGCGCGGGUGGGUUGUUUGCAAUGGCUGGAUCGGUUGUGGAACGGAUAACGGACAUUACGCAGGUGACGCAGGAUUGCUGUGUGUAUUCUACUCGUGACCGAUUAUUGGCGAAGACAAUCGACAAAAUGAUGCUACGGUCCCAGUUCCAACGGAUCCGAUUUACCGUGUAUGACUUUUUUACCAUCGACAACCGGCUAAGCUAUAUGCUCCUCAGUUCGGUCGUAACCUAUAUCGUGAUUCUGUCCCAAUUUCGCCUGAUGGAAAUAGAGAAGGAACAAAAAAGCUGA